ACAUGCUAAACCAUGGAGACUAUCUUCAGCUUACCAUUUACUGUAUUGGAAUGCCCAAAUGUCAAACUUAAAAAACCAUCGUGGCUGCAUAUGCCUUCUGCGAUGACCGUGUAUGCCGUCGUGAUUGUUUCAUACUUUCUCAUCACCGGUGGCAUCAUAUACGAUGUGAUUGUUGAACCUCCGAGUGUUGGAUCAAUGACAGAUGAACACGGACAUCAGCGACCAGUGGCCUUUCUGGCAUACAGGGUAAAUGGGCAAUACAUCAUGGAGGGAUUGGCUUCCAGCUUUCUCUUCACCAUGGGAGGCCUUGGCUUCAUAAUUUUGGACCGCUCCAAUGCACCCAAUAUACCCAAGCUGAAUCGUUUUCUCCUGCUCUUUAUUGGCUUUGUCAGUGUGUUACUGAGCUUUUUCAUGGCUAGAGUCUUCAUGAGAAUGAAACUGCCUGGUUAUCUCAUGGGUUAAAGCAGCAAUAUGGCACACCACAGGCAGAUGUUUCAGUUUCAGUUCCAAGGACUGCAGUCUCAAUGACACUGAUAAAUCUCUCCCUGUUUUUUUUUGUCCGUGACAUACAUGCAACGUGCCUAUUAAGACUAAGUUACUUGUGUGUUUGAGGCUGGUAAAUUUUAUGUUGUUGCCCUUAAAAUGACUGUUUUGGUCAAUUAAAAUCCAUUUUGUAUAUCUCCUUAUACUGUUUUGUAAACGUCCUGCUCUGUGAAAAGAAAAAUUUAAAAGUGACUUUGUGCAUUUUUUCUAUAAUAAACACAUGCUUCCCAUAA